GGGGCCCUCUGGCCAGCACCGCUCUCUCCCUCGCUCGCUCGCUCUCUCUGUCCUCGUCCCGUUCAGGUCUCCUCCGUGGGCUCCUCCGCAAGUCAUGGACGCGUCGGCGUGAUUGGCGGCCCGGUGGUUUGACCCCCCCGACCCCCGACCCAGAUUCAACAUGAACAUCCCGCACUACCACCCGCAGCAGGCCCAGUCUAUGCUCCUUCAUCCCUUGGAUUACGCCACAGCGGACCUCCGUACACUUGAGGGGCCUUCGAUGUCUCAGGAGCCCAAGGUAGAGCCCAGUCAGCAGCCCAACCCUGAGGAGAGAUGUCCAGUGUGUGGGGACCGCGUGUCGGGCUAUCACUACGGUCUACUCACCUGUGAGAGCUGCAAGGGCUUCUUCAAGCGUACGGUGCAGAACAACAAGCGCUACACAUGUGCGGAGAGACAGAGCUGCCCCAUGGACCCGGCCCAGAGGAAGAGGUGCCCGUCCUGCCGCUUCCAGAAGUGCCUGGCCGUCGGCAUGAAGAGAGAGGCUGUGCGGGCAGACCGAAUGAGAGGAGGCCGGAACAAGUUUGGCCCUUUGUACCGUCGGGACAGGCAGCUGAAGCAACAGAGAGGCAGUUACAACCAGCCCAACAGCGCCCCCUACAGGAUUAAACUGGAAUCACAGCCAACUCAGCUGACACCACUGGCCCGUGACUUUCACCUGCUGCCGGUGUCCAACCCCGCGCCCGCCGCGCUACACCCGGACCCUUACCACCUCCCACAGCCGCACACCCCCGGCAUGGGUCAGUCCGAGUUCCCCAUGCUGCUGGACUCUGCCCGGGAGAGAGUGCUGCCCCCCCCUGCCCACUCCUCUUACGCCAGCCUCUACCACCACCCCCAGUUUCACGGGUACCCGCCGGAGAAGAGGCCCGUUUCAUUCGGCUGCAACCCGGCACACACGUCACCCUCCACACCGCCCACGCUUCUGCCCAUCCUCACCCCUCACAUGUCGGGCCCGCCCGCGGGCACCCUGACGCCAACCUCCACUCCGAGCUCCACGCCCACGUCCACGCCCACGCCCAGCACGCCCACGCCGGGCCCGGCCGCCGCUCCUCUUCCUCCGCCCUCGGAGAGCUUCCUGGACGGGCUGCUGCAGGGGGAGCCGGACGAGGGGCAGCUGUGCGCGCGCGUGCUGGCCAGCCUGCAGAGGGAGCAGGCCAGCCGGGGCAAGCACGACCGCCUCAACACUUUCAGCAUCAUGUGCAAGAUGGCUGACCAGACGCUGUUCGGGCUGGUGGAGUGGGCCCGCAACAGUGACCUGUUCAAAGAGCUCAAGGUGGAGGAUCAGAUGGCGCUGCUGCAGACCUGCUGGAGUGAGCUGCUGGUCCUGGAUCACCUGUGCAGACAGGUGGCCUACGGCAAAGAGGGCUGCGUCUACCUGGUCACAGGACAACAGAUUGACGUCUCGACCGUGUUCACUCAGGCUGGGGUCACGCUGAGCAGUCUGGUGUCGCGCACUCAGGACCUCGUGUUCAAACUGAGAUCCCUGCAGCUCGACAGGCAGGACUUUGUGUGUCUGAAGUACCUGGUCCUCUUCAACCCUGACGUGAAGUCUGUGCAGGACCGUGAGCAGGUUGAACGCACCCAGGAGCGCGUGAACCGGGCCCUGAUGGAGCACACGCUGCACGCGCACCCCAGCCACUCGGACAAGUUCGGCCAGCUGCUCCUGCGGCUGCCGGAGGUGCGCAGCAUCAGCCUGCAGGUGGAGGAGUACCUGUACCAGCGCCACCUGGUGGGCGACCUGCCCUGCAACUCGCUGCUCACUGAGAUGCUCCACGCCAAGCACAAUUAGGGCGCCUCUCAAUUGGCUUUUUAUCUAUCCUCCCUUCCCUCCUUCCUCGGCCCUCCGGCUCGUUCCCACUGAUCUAUAAAGAACACUGGAUAAACUAUCCCUUUGUUGCCGCCCCAUCAUUCUUUAUCUAGAUCAGUGGGAACGAGGACCAAGGAAGGAAGGAAGGAUAGAUAAAACGACGAAUGAGAGGCACCCUUAGAGCUACUCACUCACCACCGGCGGCCUGAGAGAUUGUCGUCCCUUCUGAAGAGUAUUAACCUACACUGACUGAAUGUAAAGAAUGUAAAGACACUGGCCUGACAUAAUGCAGGGCUGGGCCUCCUGCAUCUUAUAGGGGUUGUUCCUACCGAACCUGAGACCAGGCGAUAUGGUGUCACCUCACUGGCGAGAGUGCAGGGCCAGUUUAAAAUCAGGUUAACCUGAACCAGAACAAAAGCUAGAACUGUGUUGCAGAACGAUGACCAAUGGAGCCCUUGGAACAAGAGUUCUUGGAACCAACGGAGAUGGACUGGAAUGAACUCUGCAUGCACUACUCACAAAAAGUUAGGAACAUCUGGCGUUUGAGUGAAAUUUAAUGUUUCAAUGCUGAAAGUACUGAAACAUUGAACUGUUGGACAUGCACAUUCAAAAGUUCACCUGUAAAGGAUGGUUAUAGUGGAUUUUUAAGGUUCAUCCUGAAAAUUCAGCCGAAAGCCGAAUAUCCCUGACUUUUUGUGAGUAGUGUAUAUUAAUGGUUUUCAACCUGUUGCCUUGAAGAGACAGACUGCGUGGCUUAGGUCUUAAUGCUCGAUCCUCAGCACUUCACAGAUCCACAUUUGGAAGAAAUAAACACUGCCGAAUUAUGCACGUCCUCUUCACUUGCCAAAGCAUACAUUCUUUUCACAAGCACUUGUUGGAAAAGAACUGUGAAUAAACUGUUGAAACAAA